GACUCAUUGAAAUGCAUGUGUUCAUGGCAUACAUGUAAAAUAUUGCUUGUAAGAGCAAAAUCAAGAAGAGAACCCUGCUCCCCACACUCGAUGGUGUUCUCACAUAGUUUCUAAACUAAUUAUAGGUCGUUUCUACAGGUUUCAUUAUAUUUCAGGUCGCUGUUUUCCCAGUUGAUAAACUCGUCGGCGGUGAUCCUGUUACCUGCCUGCCUCCAUUUUGUGUUGGACGGCCCAGUUCCGGGUUUCCGAGAAGCGACAGAAACAGUUGUGAAGCGAGAGUCUCGCUUUGCUUGCUGGUCAAGAGGAGAGCAGAAUAAAAAGUAUAUGAAAAUAGGAUAUAAACUGGAGUUACGCGUAACUCGAAUUAGCUUUUGCACCGAAAUAUAACUUGUUUACAGCCAUAGUUAAGACGCCAGCAAAAUUUAACUUGACAGCUGUCGCGAGUAAACAGUAACUUAGCUAGCAAGCUAACUUUGGGCAUUGGAUUUAGUUGAUUUCGCUAGCAAGCUAAUUUAGCUGCUAGUGUCCUCCAGUUUUUAUUACAUUUUCUUCGCAAGUAACCAAGAGAGCCGCCUACUGCCUGGGAUUGUGUUAACUAGCAAAGUUGCCACAACUGCAGUUUCCAUUCAUGUUGUUAUUGAAGACGAGACUCACAAUCCUUCGAGACAGGGAGUUUGAGGGUGUACCCAGAGCUGAGACGGUGAACAAACCUCCUCCCCAAGGUGCCCACAGAGGGACAGGAUGCCCGUUCCUCCUCCUCCCCCUCCUCCUCCAGGACCCCCGCCUCCCCCCACCUUCAACCAGGCGAACACUACAGCACCUAAGUUGAAUCGGGAUGAGGCGAAGGGGAGAGGAGCGUUGCUCUCUGAUAUCUCCAAAGGAGCCAGGCUGAAGAAGGUUGGAGUGGUCAAUGACAGAAGUGCACCUGUUAUAGAGAAACCAAAGGAAAGUGGUAGAGGAGGUGGAGGAGGAGGGAGCAGUGGUGGUUCAGGGGUAGGCCUUGGAGGCCUUUUCGCAGGGGGCAUGCCAAAACUACGAUCAGUUGGAGCUGGAGACGCCACAGUGGGCAGAUCCGCCCUGCGUCCCCCAGGCUCCAGACCUGCAGCCCCCCCGGUCCACCCCAGGCCGCUCUACCUCCCCCUCCCCAGGAGACAAACCCUCCCCAAGAGACAAACCCUCCCCCCCGGAGCCCCAGCGCUCCCUCCGCCCCUCUCUCCCCGACAUCUCCCGCCCCCCCAACCAGUGCCAGCUCCUCCCACUCCUCCACUGGGGGCAUGAAGCACAGUACUUCAGGCUCAGCCCCUCCCCCUCCUUCAGGCAUGAAACACAGCACAUCAGCCCCACCCGCUCCACCUUCUUCGACAGGGGGCAUGAAGCCUAGCACAUCCGCCCC